GGUAUUUUAAAUUCACUUAGGAAUUUGUACUUUGUUGUUUUCAUGUUUUCCCCUCGGAAAUGGCCACGAAGCUAAAUGUAAAUAUCCGGACCCUGCUGGCCAACUGCGAGGACCUGGCCAAGAGCGAGCAGAACUUCUGGCGCCUGCAGAAGUUCAUCAAGUCCCUGGACACAAUGCUCGCCGAGUUAGAGGCGAUGGACGAUCCGCAGAGUGCCACCCGUAUCCCGGGCUAUAAGGAGCGUCUGAAGGCCUUGAAACUGUCCACGGGAUUUACGGAAGCCCCCAGCUCUUCAACGAAUACUUCCUCGCCACCUUCUUCAGUCAGCGAAGCCGGGGAAAAUGCACUGAAAGAAAUGAGGCAGCUGCAGAACACCAAACAUCACAACGAACUGCGAAAGGAGUUGCUGCAGGCUAUACGAAAUCUAUACCAAUUUUUCUCUUUUUUUGAUAAAAGUCCCUAUUUUUACCUUUUAUAUUUUUUAAUUGAUGGAGAUGCCCUGCGUAGACGUCGAGUUAUAGAGGAUUCGUCUUCUAGUCCUAGUGGUACCACCGUACAGACCCCUUCUGGCGAUAAUAUGAACGAAGCUGCCAAGUAUUAUACAAAUGCCCAAGAGAAGAUCACCGAGCACAUGCUCUCGCUGACCCGGAAUUUGAAGGAACAGACGGAGACUGCUAACCGUAUUAUCCGAAGGGACACGGAGGUUGUGUCUCGAUCCACCGGAAUGGCAGAUCGUAAUAUCAAUUCUCUGGGAAAAGAGGCUGAGAAACUGGAGCAGCAUUCAAAAAAAGCUUACAAGUGCUGGCUCUGGCUGAUGAUUGUCUUUGUAAUUGUCACUUUCAUAGGUAUGGUGUUGUUCAUGAAGAUUAUGAAGAAAAAGAAGACGUAGGAACAAACUUAAGAUUGUACUCUAAGUAAGCUCUAAACGCUGGUUCCGCUCCCGAGUUCAAAAGGUUAUCCCCCAAGCAACGUGUAAACAGACCCACAUUAAACGAUCGAAAGCC